AUGUGUAAAUCAUCGAAAAUGGUUUCAAGCAGUACGAGGGUGAUUCAAGUCACCAACAUCGCCCCUCAAGCUACAAAAGACCAAAUGCAAACCUUAUUUGGUUAUUUAGGGAAAAUUGAUGAUAUAAGAUUGUAUCCAACGAUAAGGGACGUAUCAUGUCCCGUACAGUCUCGUAUAUGUUACGUGAAAUAUUAUGAUUCGGCGACAGUAAACGUCGCCCAGCAUAUGACAAAUACAGUGUUCAUAGAUCGAGCUUUAAUCGUGAUUCCCAUGCAGUCAGGAGAGAUUCCUGACGAGCACAGAGCUCUAGAGAUGUCGAGCAACGGAACUUUAGUGCCGGGUCUUAGUACAGUUGAACCGCGUUUGCCAGCUCACGUGAUCAACACCUUGGAAGGCGCGCCACCCAACCAGGUCAUUCAAACGUACGAUCCUAACAUAGCAGCAGCGGGAUUACCACCGUACCCGCCGCUACCAGCCAUUUAUGACUCGAGGAAAAUAGAAGAAAUAAGAAGAACACUUUUACUUAUAGAUGUGGGCGAACUUACAUCUCAACAACUCAUUGAUCACUUUAGUCAAGCUGGUGAAGUCAACUACGUGCGAUUUUGUGAACGGGAAGUCGACAAUUUAAAGUAUGCACUGAUAGAAAUGACAGAACAAGAAAGCAUAUCAAAGGCUCUUCAGCUUAAUGGAGUCGCAUUAAAUGGCCAAGUGAUUAAGGUGCAUCAUUCUACGGUGGCUAUAUCAAAGCCUCAGGCUAAGAGCAAUGAGGCAGCUCAAAGGGAGAUUGAAGAGGCCAUGUGCAGAGUUAAGGAAGCCCAAAACUUGAUAUCGGCUGCCAUCGAUCCUGUUAUUGGAUUGUUGUCCAAGGACAAAAGGACUCGUUCUCGUUCCCGGUCCCGCCGCCGAUCCCGGUCCCGGUCUCGUCGUUCCCGGUCCCGACAUCGCUCCAAGCGCUCUCGCUCACGGUCUAGACAUCGCUCUAGAAGAUCACGAUCGAGGCAUCGACACCGCACUAGGUCUCGUUCCCGUCACCGGAGUUCACGGCGCUCCAGGUCCAGGUCCAGACAUCGCAGCUCGAGAUCCAAACGGGAGAAGUCUAAAGAACGCGACAGAAAAGAUAAAAAAGAUGUCGGAGAUAAGGAUAAACGAGACAAUGAUAAGACGAAGUCACCACAGAAAGAUGUGGCCAGGGACGGAAAAGAUGAACUCAAGAUUGACAUCACUGAGGUCGAUACCAACGGCAGCUCGUCUGAACAUAAAUCAAAAGCGUCCACACCCGCUGAUGAUAAAGAAAAAACCAUAGAACUAGAUAAAGACAAGUCGCCCAGGAAGAAGGAGAGGUCCCGCUCCAAGGAGAGGAAGAGGGAACGGUCACGGUCGAAACGACGGUCAAGGUCGAGGUCCAGGAGGAAGCGUUCAAGGUCAAGAAGGAGAUCGAGGUCCAGGGACAGAAAGAAAUCCCGCUCCAGAGAGAGGAAGAAGUCCAGGUCGAGAGACAGGAAACGAUCGAGAUCUAGGGAUAGGAAGCGGACCAAGUCGAGGGAAAGAAAGAGGUCGCGCUCCAAAGAAAGGAAAAGAUCACGCUCCAAAGACAGGAAACGUUCCCGCUCACCCGGCAGGCGCUCCAAGAGCCGCUCCCAUAGAGAUUCAAAGACACCUCACGAGAGGAAGUCACGUGACCGCUCGCCACUACCAACGAUAAUGGAAAAAACUCCACACAAAACUAUAGACGUAACCGAUGAAAAGAACUCACCGGACAAUAUGGACAUUUCAAAUUCCCCAUAA